CGGUGAAUUCAAAUCCGGGAUGCGCGAGCUCGGUUGUAAUGCAAUGGAGCUCGAUCGUCAACGGCUACAAUAACAAAACAAACGAGCAGCUGGAGGACUCGUCUUAAAAACUUAGUUUUAAUAAAGGGUCGAAAGAAGAAGCGCGAAAUUUAGGCAAACAUGGAAGAAGGAGAGACCGUGUCGCUGAUGUCCAGAAAAGAGUUGCGUAAACAGAAGUUGAUGGAGUAUUUGGCAGCCAAAGGAAGGCUGAAAUUGCCCAACCCUAAGCCCUACCUCCGUGAUGAUGGUCACCCCACCAGGCCUGUCAAGUCUGCAUCAAAGGUUGUUGAGGGGAAAGAAAACAAAGCUCCAGCGGCCACACUCAAACAUGAAGGCACAAAAGUUCAAACUCUGGCUGCUCAGUCCGCAAAACACGCUGCCAGAAUGUCGUUUGGUGUAAAAGGCAACGUCCUGACUGGACAGAAGAAUGCCACAUGUCCAUCUACAGCCCGCGGCUCAGCGCAACCGGGACUUAUUCGAAACCCAGCGAUCAAAGGUACGGACGCUGUUGUGUCCUCCAGACCCGGCCUGAAUUCGGCCAGCCACCUCAAGAAGCAGCCAAUCGCAGGAACUCAAUGUUUGGGCAGAGCUUCUUCAAAUGUGGCCUCCAACCACAGAUUCAGGAGUAGUUCAAAUGCUGCCUGGUCAGUUCCAAUGAAAACAGCCAGCGUCGGGAUGAGUCUUGGGCACAUUGUCAAGACAAAAACAGGUCUCACCCCUGCAGUGAUUCAGCCAAGACAUACAAUGUCACAUUUUUCACAAGCCUCCAAUACAAAAGCAACCACCAUCACUUCAGUUCCCAAGAGUGAGUGUUUCGGCCCCUCGUCAUCAGAUUUUGCUUCACAGAAAUCUUCCACGGCCCAGGAGAAAACCGCCCGGUCAGCUGUGUCAUCGGCUACAAUGACUGCGAUUAAAGUUCGACAUCAGAACGAGUCCAACUCAAGGUCACUUUUGGUAAAACGCUCUCAGCCGCCUCGUUGGGGUCAGUUAUCAAGCGGACUGAAAUCGGCGGCCAACUCCAAGUGCAAAGUGGCACCUGUGAAGGCCGAGGGGCGGGGGGGAGGGAUGUCAAAUGGUAAUAAAUCAUCUGGAGAGUCCACAGACAGGUUCACAAAGCAGACAGCCGUGGCUGGAGGGGAGACAAAUGUGAAACCACGCAAAGGCCCCACACAGACAUCCUCGGGGCCGGUGGGCAAGGGCAGUUUCAGAGCGACCAGCGGGGCGACGAGGGCGGCCCAGCAGGGAGGGAGAACCAAGACGAGUCAAGUGACACAAAGCGAGAAGGGACACGGUUCAUCAAACCCCCCACCGCCGCCACCACCAGCCGGCAUGAACAAAACAGGCGCCCCAGUGACGUGGCAGAGAGUGUUGCAUCCUGCCAGGUCCGUUGUCCACACAGACCGAACUACGGACGCGAAGAAGCCAAAGGUCCCGGCCGUCAGGGUCGCUCCCCAGACUGAGGUGAAGAAACUCACCGCUGCCCAAGAGGAAAGACUGAAAAGACUGCAGGAAUGGCGGGAAGCCAAGGGGAUCGCCUACAAGCGCCCCCCGAUGCCGGUGAAACCUCAGGUGAGGCGCGCGGUGGCUGUGGCCCAGCCCUUCUGGACCAGCAUGAAGGAGGAAGACGACGCCCACAGCCUCAUCUGUGCCGUCGACAGGUCUCUGGCCGACUGCAUCAAGUUACUUGGCAAGGGCUGCCCUCCAGACCAGGUGAACGAUGUUCUCUCACGGCUGCCGACAGUGUCCCAGAAGUUUGCCAAAUACUGGAUCUGCCGGGUCCGUCUGAUGGAGCGGCAAGGCAGCCUGGACGUCCUGCCCGUGUUUGAAGAGGCUGUCCGUGUUGUGUUGGAGCCUGUAGACGAGCUCCGGUCCGUGGUGUUUGAGAUUCUGAAGAAAAGGGACGAGAUCCAAGACGACCAAACCCCAACAGCUGUGAGUUCUCCUGAGAGCGGCGCCGACCCACUGGUGACGCCCAAACCCAUGAGAGUCCUCAUCGCUGGGGAGAGAGGAGACUCGUCUGUGGUCAAGUAUAAGAUCACCUCGACUCCUGGUGGCCCUCGGGGCCAGCAGAGGGAGCCGGCGCGGGUCAACGGCCAGGAGGUUCGCUUCUUCACCCCGGUCAGACGCUCGGUGCGAAUCGAGCGAGUCUCGCUGCGACUUCCCGUGUCCCUCCAGGACCACGACCUCUGCGUGGCGUCCUACGACGACCUGAUCUCUGAGGAGGACAAAGAGAGCGACGGAGAAAGCGGCCCGCCCGCACACGACACGCCGAUGUACGUCUACAGACAGAACGAGGCCCUCGAGGACAAGGUAUCCGUCAAGCUGGUCUGCGACUAAGGUGUUUAGGACUUGUGUUUGGGGAAAAUAAAAAAUCACUUCGUCAGCAUUUGUCACCGUUCACAUAACAUAAGCACACUUGUUGUCAGAUCUUGUGCUUUUCCAAAAGAUGGUGAGUUUCAUCCUAUUAAAUCACCAACACUGCAUUUUUUUGAGCUGGAAUUCGUAACGUUAUGUGUAUCUCACACUCGCUUUGUGAGACAUUAUCGGGUUGAUUCUUUUAGCUGCCCUGUAUUAUUAUUAUUAUUAUUAUUGCUUGUUGUACAUAUUGAUGUAAAAUAAAUGGCUGUGUUUUGAUACCUA